AUGGAGGAAAAGGAAAACGGGCGGCACCACUUCUGCGCGCUGGGCGAGGCUUCGGGAGCCAGUGGAACUUCUGGACCUGGCGGGCCCAGGUGGGAAAGAAGUGUUGGUAAAGGGCGGAGGGGGUCAGCACCAAGGAGAAAGGAUAGGCAAAUUUGGCCAGGGCAGAUCAGCAGCUCAUCUGCCCCCAAUUCACUUGCAGGCCUCCUUCUCCUGGCCUCCCUUGUCCUCCUGGAGCAUCUUGGUUCUGCCAGGAACCUCCCCAGGAGCACCCCAGUCCCAGCAGUGUCCCAGGAGUGCCACAACCUCUCCCAAACCCUGCUGAGCACUGUGGAUAGUGCCCUACAGAACGCCAUAGAAAUCCUAGAGCAUUAUCCCUGCAGUGCUGAAGAGGUCAAUCAUGAAGAUAUCACCAAGAACAGAACCAACACAGUGAAGGCCUGCUUGCCCCAGGAACUAGCCCAGAAUGAAAAUUGCCUGGCUUCUAGAGAGACCUCUUUUAUAAUUAAGGGGAGCAGCCUGACCUCGGGGAGGACCUCCUGGAAUACGACGCUGUGCUUUAGUAGUAUCUACGAGGACUUGAAGAUGUACCAGCUGGAGCUCAAGGCCAUCAAUGAAAAGCUGUUGAUGGAUCCUAAGGGACAGAUCUAUGAAGAUAAAGCCCUGCUGGCCGCUGUGGAUUACCUGAUGCAGGCCGUGAAUGUCAACAACGAGACUGUGCCUCAGACACCAUCCCCUGAAGCACCUUCCCCUAAUCUGUAUAGAACGAAAACCAAGCUCUGCAUACUUCUUCACGCUCUGCGAAUCCGGGCAGUGACCAUCGACAGGGUGAUGAGCUAUCUGAAUUCUUCUUAGGAAGCUGAGGGGCCUCCCAGCCUAGUGUCCUUUGCAUAAAAGUCUGCACCAAAGAAAUUUUAAUAAGGAGUGGGUCAAGCCAGGGAGGGGACCUGGCUGUACCUAAGCCCCUGCAGGAAUCUUCUCUGUGCUCCCUUUGCUUACCCGGGCUGCUAGACAGGUUGCUAAGGAGGGACAGAGUCCUUCCUGAAGGCGUUUUCUUUCCCUUUCCUAGAAGAGCAAGAAUUAAUAAGCUAUCUCUGUACCGAGGUGUUUACAGAAACACUCAAGCAUCAUUUAUUUAAAGAUAUUUAUUGAUAUAAUUUAUGUUCAUGAAACCAUGUGAACUAAUUUAUAUUUAUUUAUGUUAUAUUUAUUAAAGUAUU